AUGGGUCGGCAAGCUGCCCUUACUAAGGCAGAGCUAACGCUCCAUGAUCAAGUUGAGCAUCUGCCCAGACAAAAACUCAUCGCAGUAUUUGGGCUUCUCGCGUUGACGGUUUUGAUCAACUUCAUCGAUCAAAAUGGCAUCUCCGUGGCCCUCCCCACCAUUGCCGCAGAGCUGGACGCCCGCGACACCAUUUCGUGGGCUGGUACGGCCUCAUUGCUUGCUAACACCACCUUCCAGAUGCUCUGGGGCAGACUCUCCGACAUCUUUGGGCGGAAAACCGUGUACAUUUCUGCGAUCGCCCUCCUUUCCAUCGCCGAUCUUCUCUGCGGCCUGAGCCGAAACGCCACAAGUUUCUACAUCUUUCGAGGUCUGGCAGGUGUUGGUGGCGGGGGCAUCACCAACCUCGCCAUGAUUGUCGUCUCCGAUGUUGUCACCUUGGAAAACAGAGGUAAAUACCAGGGAAUAAUCGGUAGCAUGGUUGGCCUGGGCAGCAUCAUCGGUCCUUUCCUGGCCGCGGCCUUCGCGGAAAGGGCGACUUGGAGAGGCUACUUUUGGCUGUUGUCUCCUUGCGCUGCCUUGGCGGCCGUGUUGACAUACUUCUAUCUCCCUACGAAGCCGCGGACAGCAUCGUGGCAAGACAGUGUUAAGAAGGUAGACUGGUGGGGAUCAUUUGCGAUCUUCGUUGGCAUCGUCUUUUUGCUGAUCCCUAUAUCCGGAGGGGGUGCGUACUUCGAGUGGAAGUCCUCCAUGGUGAUAUGCUUGCUCGUUCUUGGGGGUAUCUCGCUCAUCCUCUUUGUCGUAAUUGAGUGGAGAGUGGCGAAGCUCCCGAUGAUGCCAGUUGAUAUCUACAAGAAUCCUGCGGUUUCAGCCAUGCUCGUGCAGAACUUCCUGAUGGGGGCAAGCUAUCAGGCUGUGAUAUACUUCGUGCCACUGUACCUCCAGAACGCUCAUCAAUUCUCCAUCAUCCAGUCUGCACUUAUAUGGAUCCCUCUGGUCGGACUCCAGUCUGGAAUUUCUAUUUUGUCGGGUCUAUACAUCUCCAAGUUCAAGCGUUACGGAGAAUGUCUCUGGUUUGGCUUUGGAAUCUGGACCCUUGGCUCCGGCCUUUGUCUUUUGCUGACGAGGGAAUCCCCCAUUGGAAUCAUCAUCAUCCCUCUUAUAAUCAUCGGCAUCGGCGUAGGGUGCAUCUUCCAGCCUAUUCUUGUCGCUUUACAAGCUCACUCUCCCAAGGCGCGACGUGCCGUCAUCAUCUCGAAUAGGAAUUUCUGCAGAUGCGCGGGCGGCGCAUGUGGUCUCGCCGUUUCUGCCGCGGUCAUGCAGGCCAGCUUGAGGGCGUCCCUCCCAGUCGAGUACGCAAGCCUGGCCGGAUCGACAUUUACGCUUCCAGAAUUCGAUGGAAAUAUCCCAGCCGCCGUGCUUGAUUCCUACAUGGCGGCCAGCCACUCUGUUUUCAUUCUUCAGGUUCCCUUGAUUGGACUCUGCUUCCUGGGGAAUUUCUUCAUCCGGGACAGAGGUUUGGAGCUUCCAGACGAGAAGAGCGCCGUACAAGAACAAGAGGCUGGGCAGGUCGGAGGGGAACAGGGAAUCAGGAUGGAAUUAGCGGAGAGCGAUACAAAUGCUGAAGCUGGAGUAAAGGGAACUUCACGGUCGAAAUAG